ACAAACACAACUGACCCAUAUGACCAAAACAUCUCAUUUCAUCGAGGUUGGCAGUGGUAGAAGAAGAAAGGUCUUGCUUGAGAAGCUUCAAAACUGUAAGGACCCCAAAACAUUGAUCGGAGUUGUCAAAAUGAAUUUCGAUAUGGAACACAAAAGUACUUAUAGUUGUGAGCCAAGAAUUUAGUGGUUUUCAAGAGAAGGAGAGACAAGCUCUUCUCAGCUUGAAGAAAGGCUUUGUUGAUGAUGGAAAUCGUCUAUCCUCGUGGACAAGUACCAGCCGAGAUUGUUGUGCAUGGAGAGGUAUCAGGUGUGGUAACUCAACUCAUCAUCAUAUUAUUAGUCUUGAUCUUCAUUCUGACCGUGAUGUUCCAAAAUCGCUUUAUUUGGGCGGUGAAAUUGGUCCUUCUUUGGUUGAGUUGCAACAUUUGAGGUACUUUGAUUUUCGUCACAAUAAUUUUAUUAAAAUUCCCGAGUUUAUUGGUUCUUUAAGUAGACUCACAUAUCUCAACUUUGAAGACAAUCCUAUCAUGUUCAUUCCUUAUUCUCAGCUUGGGAACCUCACAAGGUUGCAAGUUCUCAAACUAGAUGGUACUUAUAACAUUAGUACUAAUCUUGAAUGGAUUUCUCAUCUCUCUUCUCUUAGAAUUUUAAAGUUGAGUUACAUCAACAUAACGAAUUCGAAAUCCACAGAUUGGUUUCGCUUGAUUAAAAGAGCACAAUCUUUAUCAAGUUUAGAGUUAUGUGGAUGUACACUUCAACCAAUAGAUAUCUUCACCAACAAAAAUUCUUCAAACUCUCUCACCAAUCUUGAUAUUUGGGAGAGUACCAUAUCUCCCAAAACACUUCCUUGGUUGCUAAAUAUGAGUACCAAUCUAGUGAAUCUCACCUUUACAGAUAAUGAAAUAAAUGGUCCUCUUCCAAAUUCUUUUGGAAACAUGAGAUCUCUUGCGAGCAUUAUUUUGGCUGGAAAUGGAUUAGAAGGUGAAAUACCUAAAUCAUUGGGGAAUCUUUGUAAUCUUCAAAUAUUAGUUUUGAGCCACAAUAAAUUCAAUGCAAGGCUUUCUGAUGUUUUAGAAAAUCUUAGUGGUUGUGCUAAAAAUUCUUUAGAAGUUUUAGUUUUUGAGGAGAACCAAUUAAGAGGAUCAUUUCCUAGUUUGAAAGCAUUCCCAAUCUCUUUAAAAGAAUUAUGGAUCAAUUCUAAUCAAUUAGAAGGACCAUUUCCCAAUCUUUCAAUGUUUUCAAAUCUUACAUUGUUGGAUGCCUCUUACAAUAAGUUUAAUGGUACUGUACCUGAAGAUAUUGGUAAGCUUCAUCAUCUCGAGUACUUGUACCUAAACUCAAACCUUCUUACUGGGCUUGUCACUGAAGUUCACUUUGAAAAACUUUCUGAAUUGAAAGAUCUUUAUUUAUCCGAUAACUCCUUAACCUUGAGGAUCAAUUCCAGUGCUUGGAUCCCACCAUUUCAACUAGACUUGGCAUACUUGAGGUCUUGCAAUUUAGGUCCACAGUUUCCUACUUGGCUCAGAACCCAGAUACAUAUCUCACGCCUUGACAUUUCAAACAAUGGAAUUCAUGAUGAAAUUCCUGCUAAUUGGCUUUUGAGUAGUCCUCUAGAAUUGAAUUUUCUUGAUCUAUCUUUGAAUCGAUUUCACGGUCCUAUCCCACCUCAUCUAUCAAACGUGAACGUAUUGAUUCUUUCAAAUAAUAAAUUUAUUGAUCUAAAGACUUUUCUUUGUUACCCCUUACAAAGAUCAAUAAAACUUCUUGACAUUUCCAAUAAUAUGUUAAGUGGAAAUCUUCCUGAUUGUCAUUGGCAUAUGAAGGAAUUGAUUGUUCUAAAAUUAGAUAACAAUAAUUUGUCUGGAAUAAUUCCAAGAUCAAUUGGUUCCUCAUAUGGAAUUCAAUAUUUGUUUUUGGGGCAUAAUAAUUUUUCAGGAAAUCUUCCUUCAUCUUUAAAGAACUGUACACAACUUUACGUUCUUGAUGUCGAAUAUAAUAAUUUAGAAGGAAAUAUUCCAACUUGGAUUGGGGAAAGGCUUACAAAUUUGAUUUUUCUUCGAGUAAGAUCAAAUCAUUUUUAUGGAGUCAUACCAUCUAGUUUGUGUCAUCUUCAAUUUCUUCGAAUAUUUGACAUCUCCAUGAAUACCUUAGCAGGACUUAUUCCUUCAUGCAUAAAGAAUUUCACCUCUAUGGUAGAUUUAGUUGAAAAGAAUCAGGAACCUAUGAAUAUUUUUGCACCAGUUCCCCUUUAUGACGUUCCCUUCUAUGAGAAUGCAUUUCUCACGUAUGAAAUUGUUACAUCGAUUAUGUGGAGAGGUGCUUAUCGCGAGUAUAGUAGUACUCUUGGAUUAUUAAGAGUGAUUGAUCUCUCGAGUAAUAAUUUGAUUGGUAAGAUUCCUCAAGAGUUAACAAACCUUGUUGAAUUGGUUCAACUUAACCUAUCAAGGAAUAGUUUGAAUGGGACAAUUCCUACGAAGAUUGGGAACUUAAAUAAGCUAAAUUCUCUAGAUUUAUCGCACAACAAGCUUUCUGGUGUAAUUCCAACAAGCUUGGCAAGUAUUUCUUCUUUGUCUUUGUUGGAUUUGUCAGAUAACAAAUUGUUCGGAAGAAUCCCCACCGGUACUCAACUACAAACUUUUAAUGCUUCGAUGUACACUCAUAAUGAUGGAUUGUGUGGACCUCCAUUGACCAAUUCAUGUCUUGGAGAUGGGCCAUUAAAUCCUCCUCAAGAUCAUUCAGAUGGUGAUGAAGAUAGUGAAGAAUGGAUUGACAUGUCAUGGCUUCAUAUGGGAAUUUGGGUUGGAUUUGUAAUUGGAUUUGUUGGAGUGUGUGGUAAUUUAUUACUCAACACUUCUUGGAGACUUAACUAUUUCAAUUACAUGAGCACCAUUGGUGAUUGGCUUUAUGUGACGAUUUGUGUCAACACAAAUUUAUUGAAGAGAAGGUUUUUCAAUUAAUGAUGAGUUUGUUCAACUAGUAGCUUUGAAGUUUCAAGAGUUUGGUAGUUGAAGCACAAGGGUACUACUCACUCCACAUUCAUAUUUAUGAAUUAGAUUAUAAUUUUACUUGUAUCUUUUAAUUAAUAAUAGAUAAAUGUUUCUCUACUUUAAUAUUUGGUUACGAAUAAUUGUAUUUGUUUAUGCUUUACUUUGUGAAAGGUGUUCCUAA